AUGUCGACACUGGACUACUGCACCUCGCUCCUGGCAGUUGAUGCCGUUCAGUCACAGAGGUACUUUAGUCUUAAACCUGGAUCAUCUGUCACCAUCCCAUGUCAUUAUAAUAGGAAAAAUAAACACCAUAAGAAAUAUUGGUGCUCUGAUCCUGAUCUGUCAGUGAGGGAGAGCAGAGUGAGAGGUGAGGAAGGAGGCAGCAUCACAGUCAAGUGUCUCUACAGUGCUGAGUAUCAGAAUACACAGAAGCAGUGGUGCAGAUUUAAAGAUGGACAAUGCAACACUGUGAGGACUGAAACAUCCCAGAAUUCAGCAGUGUACAUCAGUGAUGAUGGGAGAAGAUCCUUCAGUGUGAGGAUGAGCAGACUGAAGAAGAGUGAUACUGGAUGGUACUGGUGCAGUGCAGGAGAUCUGCAGGUUCCUGUUCACAUCAGUGUCAGUGAUCCACCUCCAGGUAUUAUCACAAACACUGAUCAACUUUAA